GCGGCGGGGCAGCGCGUGAAACCGGAGCCACGGGAGAAAGACAGUGAACGAAAGCGCGUGAAACCGGAGCCCCGGGAGCAGACAGUGAACGAAAGCGCGUGAAACCGGAGCCCCGGGAGCAGACAGUGAACGAAACCCCGUGAAACUUCGUCCUCCGUUACCUGGCAACAUGUGGGUGCGAGCUUUGCUGCUCGCGGCGCUGCUGUUCGCUCUCUGCCCGGCUGGAAGGACGGAAGCCGAGAGGGACGAGAGAGACGUUCAGGACUACAGCUACGCGAACUCCAAUAGACUGCUCGGCGCUCUGCAUGAAGUCCUGGAGAAACUGCAGACCAAGAGGAUUAAUCCCUGGGAGAAGAAGUACGGACAGGUUCCCUCUUGUGACCUCGGGGAACACUGCGCCAUCAGGAAAGGAUCUCGUAUCGGGAAGAUGUGCGACUGUCCUCGAGGAGCUUUCUGCAACUUCUUCCUGCUGAAGUGCUUAUGAGCCAAUCAGAUAACAAGAGUCUAUUUUAACAUGUUUAUUUUACAAAUAUACGUAUAUAUAAUAUAUAAAACAAUGUAAAACCUGUGUGUAAAGUAGCAUUUAGAGAGGAAUAAAUAAAUCAUUUAGUGGAAUAAAUCCUUCAUGAAUAUUUAUGUGUUGUUGCAUUAAAAGGUGUUUUAUCUUUC